AUGGUGUAUAGUAACAUUACAAAUAAUAACAAGGCGUCAUCAUCAUCAUCAUCAUCAAUCAUUGGCAACAACAACAACAACAACAAUGGCAUUGACAGCAAGAAAGCAUUGGAUGCAUUAUUGGGCAAUCGUUCAAGACUUGAUGAAUCAACAACUACAUCAUCAUCGACAUCAUCGACAUCAUCGACAUCAUCGACAGAUACAAAGUUUAUUAUAAAGUAUAAUGGAUUACUGUAUAAGGUCGAUGCACCAUAUGGACCGGAUACAUCUGUAAAGACAUUCAUCGCAGCACUUCAACAAUCAAAGUUGCUCAAAGAGAAGAUCGAAGAGACAAAGGACAAAAAGAUAUCAUUGUUGGGUAGUCGACAAGUCACUGCGCCAUCAUACUCCCACGAGCUAUUCCUGCCCAAUGGCCAAGUAUGUCUGCCCAACACCAGCAUCGGCAAAUACCCUCGCGAUACCCAGUUCGAGCUGAGAGAGUUUGACCCAAAGCAUUACGCCAAUCAUAUAACAUACGAUAGCGCUUAUGAUGCUCUGUUUCAUGUGGCCAGCAGAAAUAACUUCAUGGAGAGGUACAGCCUCGAUGAGGAGGGACUUGACAAGUACAUUCGUGCAUUCGAGCAUGAGUUGGCCAUCGGCAAUCCCAAAGAACUACGCGAGCUACAGAUUAACAAAAACACCAAGUUCGAAUUGAUCGAUACGUUGAUGGAGUUUAUUGAAGAAAAGAUUAGAGCAGAGAUCAAGGCAAAGAAGAAUAGAAAAUCAGCAAGUGAUGAUGUCAUUACAUUGACUGGAUCAUUGAAGGAGUUGGCCGAUCUCAAACAUCCACACAACUGGUUUACGCAUGCCAGACGCUUGAAGCGCAGGUUCGUGCUGCACGUCGGCCCCACCAACAGUGGCAAGACGUACAACGCACUCAAGGCGCUCAAGGAGGCAGAGAGCGGUGUGUACUGCGGCCCCCUCCGUCUGCUGGCCAACGAGGUCUAUGGACGUUUGAACAAUGAUGGCGUCAAAUGCAACCUGCUCACUGGACAACAGCGCAUCGAGGUACAGGACUCCAAUCACAUUGCCUGUACAAUUGAGAUGGUCUCCACCAAUGCCAUCAUCGACUGUGCCGUCAUUGAUGAGUUCCAAAUGAUUGGCGACCUGCAGCGUGGAUGGGCGUGGACACGUGCCAUCCUUGGAAUCCCCGCCCGCGAGCUACACUUGUGCGGCGACAACACAUCGGUCAAGCUCGUUCAGAGUCUGUGCGAGCUCACUGGCGACUCAUUCGAGGUCAAGUACUACGAGCGACUGGCGCCACUAAAGCUGGAGGAGAAGUCGGUCAACUGGCGCACGAACGCCAAGAAGGGUGACUGCAUCAUUGCUUUCAGUCGCCGCGAGAUCCUCGACAUCAAGGCAGCGGUCGAGCGCAGAGGCCUCAAGUGCGCCGUAGUCUAUGGCGCGCUGCCACCCGACACUCGUGCCAACCAGGCGAAGCUGUUCAACACUGCCGACUCUGGCUACGACAUCUUGGUGGCAUCAGACGCCGUGGGCAUGGGUCUCAAUCUCAACAUUGCCCGCGUGAUCUUCUCGUCGUUGGAGAAGUUUGACGGCAUCAAGAUACGCGAGCUGGCUCACUCAGAAGUCAAGCAGAUCGCCGGACGUGCCGGCCGUUUCAGCUCGGGCCACAGCACGGGCUUGGUCACGUCGGUCAACCGCAAGCUCAAUCGUCGCAUCCAGAUCCUGUUGGGCAUGCCAAACAAUGUGACUGAGCGUGCCGCAAUCUUCCCGCAAGACGAGCAGCUGGAGGCGUUCGCCAAGCUGUCCAAGAACAGGCUGUUCUCCGAUCUGCUCAAAACAUUCAUCCAGUUCACCAACCUGGACAAACACUACUUCAUGGAGAUGUGCGACGAGAAGGUCAACAUCGCCAUGUUGAUCGAUCACAUUCACAUGCCCAUCAAGGACAAGUAUAACUUUGUCCUGGCACCCAUGAGGAUCAAGACAUCACAGGACACGCAGCCAUUGAUCGAGAAGUUGUUCAUAAGAUAUGCCAACAAGUUUGCCGCCGACCAACAAGUCGACCACGGCGUCAACAUGCCAUUUUGCGAGGACAAUGAGAACCCAUUGGAGCUACAGCGCUAUCUCCAGUAUUUGGAGGAUGCCUACUCCAUCCUGGACAUGUAUCUGUGGCUGGCGUCCAAGUAUCCAAGUCAGUUUGUACAGCGUAGACAAGGCUUUGACCUCAGUGUCAAGGUGAACCAAGCCAUCACCGACACACUGAUACGUCUCUCCGAGUUGAGGACCAGGCACAGACAAGAGCGCAUUCAAAAGAGAGUAGAGGUCAAGAAUUAUGAAUCAAAGUUGUGGGAGAUUGCACAGGCAGGUGAUCGAUAUACAGGUGACCAAUAA